GCGGUGUGCGGGCCUCGGCCUGCUCUGCCCCGCCCGGGCUGCAGAGCCCCGUGUCUGAAGGCAGCCUUGGGGAGCGAGUCUCGGUGGUGGACCAAGACCAGGCCGUCCUGGUCCCACGGCUGCUGUCAGUGCUGCCGGCAACACAACCCUCGGCAGAUGACUCGCUGCCGCUCACGUCGUGAUUCUCAUCUCCAGCAGCCUGGUGUCCACUGCCAGUGUCCACUGCCGGUGCGUCACAGAAUCCCAGCCUGGCCGGGGCUGGAAGGGACCCCUGGAGAUCAUCCCCUCCAACCCCCGGCCAGAGCAGGGUCACCCAGAGCAGGUGGCACAGGAACGCGGCCAGGCGGGGUUGGAAUGUCUCCAGAGACGGAGACUCCCCCACCUCUCUGGGCAGCCUGUGCCAGGGCUCUGCCACCCUCACAGCAAAGAAGUUCCUCCUCCUGUUGAGAUGGAACUUCCCAGGGGCAAGUCUGUGCCCGUUACCCCUUGUCCUGUCCCCGGGCACCACUGAGAAGAGCCUGGCCCCAUCCUCCUGACACCCCCCCUUUCAGUAUCUAUAAGCGUUGAUAAGAUCCCCCCUCCCCGGUGUCACGCCCCCAUCAUCCCUCCUCUCGCGGGGGGGAGUCUCUGAGCGCGGAACGACGCGCUGACUGCGAACGGCUUGCGGCAAAAAGAGGCCGGUGACCAGCCCGGCCCCGCGGCGGCGGCCCCGCUCCGCCCCCCCGCGGGCUCCCCCGCCCGCCCCGGCUCCGCCCCCGCCCCGGUCCCCCGCCCGCUGCGCAUCCCGGCGGCCGCUCGCUCUCGUCGCGGCCGCUCCGCUCCGCUCGCUCGUCCCCCGUGCUGCCGGCGGCUGACUCCCGCUGACUCCCGUUGCGCGGCCGGCGCCGUGCUCGGCCGGUGCUGCGCGGAGGCAGCGAGGUGCCGCGGCCGCCCCCCUCCUGCCCCGCCGCAUCCCCAGCGCGCCCGCGGAGGCCCCGGGCGGCCGGCGGCAUGUCUGCCCUGCGCAGGAAGUUUGGGGACGAGUACCAGGCGGUGGGCCUGGCCUGCAGCGGCGCCCGCAGGGAGCGGCAGCGCUUCGUGGACAAGAACGGGCGCUGCAACGUGCAACACGGCAACCUGGGUGGCGAGAGCAGCCGCUACCUCUCCGACCUCUUCACCACGCUGGUGGACCUCAAGUGGCGCUGGAACCUGCUCAUCUUCCUGCUGACCUACACGGUUGCCUGGCUGGUCAUGGCUUCGAUGUGGUGGGGCAUCGCCUACCUGCGAGGUGACCUGCACCGGGCACAUGACGAUGCCUACAGCCCGUGUGUGGCCAACGUGUACAACUUUCCCUCCGCCUUCCUCUUCUUCAUAGAGACUGAGGCCACAAUUGGCUACGGGCACCGCUACAUUACCGAGCGCUGCCCUGAGGGCAUCGUGCUCUUCCUCUUCCAGUCACUGCUUGGCUCCAUUGUCGAUGCGUUCCUCAUCGGCUGCAUGUUCAUCAAGAUGUCCCAGCCCAAAAAGCGAGCCGAGACCCUCAUGUUCAGCCGUGCGGCAGUUGUCUCGCAGCGGGAUGGCAAGCUCUGCCUCAUGUUCCGUGUCGGCAACCUCCGCAACAGCCACAUGGUGUCUGCCCAGAUCCGCUGCAAGCUGAUCAAGUCCCGACAGACACCGGAGGGAGAAUUUCUGCCACUAGACCAGUGUGAACUGGAUGUUGGAUUUGGAACUGGAGCUGACCAGCUGUUUUUAGUUUCCCCAUUAACCAUCUGUCAUGAAAUUAACUCAAAGAGCCCCUUUUUUUGUCUCUCGCAAAGAUCACUAAGAAGCGAGCAAUUUGAAAUAGUUGUCAUCCUUGAAGGAAUCGUUGAGACUACCGGAAUGACGUGUCAAGCUAGGACCUCAUAUACAGAAGAUGAAGUUCUUUGGGGUCACAGAUUCCUCCCGGUAAUGUCCCUCGAAGAUGGCUUUUUCCGUGUCGAUUAUUCUCAGUUUCAUGCUACGUUUGAAGUCCCCACUCCUCCUUACAGUGUUAAAGAGCAAGAAGAAAACCUGUCCCUGUCAUCUCCUUUGAAUAGUCCUGCCGAUAAUAACAAAACCAGAAGAGAACAGGUUUGUUCACUUGACUGUAUUGAUAUUGCAGGAGAGAAAAACAAGCUCCCUUUUAAACUUCAGAAGAUUAGCUCGAGAAAGGAAGACUUUCCAAGAAGAGCCCUGAGAAUGAGUUCCAGUAACACUGAGAAGACUUGCAGUACUGGAGAUCUCUUGAAAAUUCAAGAAAUAAGUCCCAUCCCUGACGGUGAAGACAGUGAUGACAGGAUACAGCUGAAAGCUUUAAAAAUAAAUGCCGGGGCUUUGACUCAGUCUACUGGCGAUCUCAAGUUACAGAAGAACCCUCCAAGUAUGUGCGCUCUAGAGAAAUUGGAGUUUUCCUGCCAAACUUCGAAAAAUGAACUCUGACCGCCUCUCUUAAGAGCAGAAGCAACAGGAGUUGUUGCUGAUAAACUGCAUUCGAGACUGCUGACCUGAAAGAGUUGUCUUACAGUAAAGUCAUAAUUUGGUUUUGCCACUUUCAGGAAGAAUGAUCCUUUUUGUAUAAUUGCUCUGUACAGAUACAACUUCAGUAGCAUAAUAGGACUUUGAGGGGCAGUCGUGCCAAAGAGAUCGCUGCCCCAGUGAUGUGUAUUGGCAUGCUCGUUGCAAAUCUACAUUGUCUUCCAUAUACGCAGAUGCUUUUUCAUAAAGCGAGGACUAGGUCCUUAGCUGCAGAGUGAAACGUUCAGACAUCGAGCCAAAAAGGGUGUAAAACCAGCUGAAACGCAGUUUUGUGUAGCUCAGAUCUCGGACUGUUCCUAAUGUACAGAAGAGCAGGACACAGGAAGAAUCUGUGAUGCUGCUUGGUCAUAGUCCAGUUCUCCCAGUGACCUCACUGGAAGGUGACCUUCCUGUGCAGCCUGGUGGCACGCAUCCUUCUCUCUCAAUGAUUGUGGCAUGCCAGCUCUGUGCCCCCAGAGUCUCGUUCAUGGUCAUUCAGGUAAAGGAGGUGGUUUGCCGUAGCCGUUUGUGUCAUUUGACUCACACAAGCUCUCAGAAACACAACGAUCGUUUACCCUGUCCAAAAUUAGACCCCAGCGUUCAAUCAGGUGGAUCACAUAUUGAAUUUUAACAACCGUUAUCCCGACUCACUGUGAAGGGACCUUGAGGUCGGUAGCGCAACUUCAUGGUAUGUCUCCUUCCUCAACUUCAUGAAAUUUUAGUUUGGAGACUCCUUGUAAGUAAAUCAAAGCAAAGUGCUAGAUAACCUUCAGUCAUUACAGGAACGGACAAUAGCGUGUGCACAUCUCAGAGUUUUACUAAUGAAUGGUGAGGGUCUUUGAUGUUGCUCCUUUUUUUUUUUUUGUUGUUACGUUUGUCUUCGCCAUAUCUCCUUAUGUGUGAUUCUCAAUAAUUUUGUAGAUUUGACAUUUACAAUACUACGCAAUUUAUUGCAUGGUAGAACACUGUUUUAAUAUAAAUGUAUUAAAGUAUGGGAAGAAAAGGCAGCACAGAUCUGUAACAUGGUAAGUGUGCAGCUGAGAGAGGGUUUUCACGUUUUUGAGCGUAAUGGAGUAUUCUCUCAAAGUGCUGCUGCUAAUAAUGGUGAUUUGCUUUCAAUUGUUGAAUGAGUAUUUUAGAUGAUCAUCCUUGGAAUGUGGCAACCUUACCUGUAGAAAUGACCAAAAAGAUGCCAGUGAAGAUUUACACAGAGGCAUUGGUAUUUUGGUAUUUGGUAUCUCUUUAAAGUGUCAUACAGCUUUUCUAAGUGACUGGCCUUGAGCGAGAGGGGAAAAUCCUCUUCUGGUUUUAAAACAAACCUUGCAUAACUGAAACAACUGUUUGCCUUACUAAUCAUCAGGGAACGGUGAAAACUAGACUUUGACUUUCUUAGAUUGCCUGGGGUUCUACGCUUGAGAAUAAUUGCAUUCCUAUUCAGCUAUUCUGCUGCCCAUCUCACUCUGUGAAAGAGGGGUCUUUUUUUCCCAGUCGUUCGUGAGCAAGCCUAACAACUUGAAAAAGAACCUAUUUUGUAAAAUGCGGUGUUUGGUAGAUCAGCGUAUAGGGUGCUUCUCACUAGCAGAGCGCUCCCCAACAGAAGGAUCAAAUUCUGCUCUUGUUACGUGGACAGAGUUCAGUCAACUUUAAAAAGGGUUGCUGUGGCCAUAUCAAUUGGCAAUGCGUGGAACGGAGAAGGAAAGUGAUACGUCCAAGCCAGGGAUGGAUUGGCUUGCAUAAAUCACUGUUUCUUGCUUUUGGUUUGCUGCCUAUGGUGUGAAACUGGAAAACGGUUAUUUUGCACAGGGGUAGGAUUUGCUUGUUGUCGUUCUUGUUUGUUUUCAACAUGAAUUUCAACGUUAUAUAUGUGCUGAAAUCUGUAUUUUCAUUUAUUAAAUGUAUUAGUAUGGGAUAUUUAGGUGACAGCAUGAGGGCUUGGUUGGACGAUGACUCUCCCCAUUCUUCAGAAUAACCAGUAUUAGUAUAAAAUAAAAUUAGAUCUACCUUCGGU